AUGCGGAGAAAAUGGUACAGUAAAUCUGAUUUCAGCUUCAGUAAAAGCAAAUCCAUUUGGAACAUUACAUUUGAUAGUAACGUUGAGAAAGACGAUGAAUUUAUAAUUGAAUUUGUUUACAAUGCUACGGUAUGUUAUAAUGAAGAAGAAUAUUGUGGUAUGAAGCUGGUUGAAUAUGAUAUUGAAACGUUUAAUGAGUAUAACAAGAAGAUAGUACGGUAAGUAUUUUAGUGAGAUAGGGAAGGGUAGAUUAGGGUAAGGUGUUAAAACUAUUUGUUUCAGUCACUAUCUUGUCACAAAUACUACGACCUUAUCAUCAGUGUCUUCUUUGUUACCAGUAUAUACUGAGAUACAAGAUUAUGACCUAGAAUUAUCAAUCACGACAAAGUAUGAUAUCAUAACUAACGGAGAAGAAAACUAUAAAAAGGGGUAAGUAAAUUGGAAAUUAUUGAAAUUUAUAUACAUAUAAAGUAUCAUACUCAAAAGUUCACAAUAUUGAUUAUAUAAAACUAUGCAAAACAGCAUGGCUCAUUACUUUUUGAACAUAUUUUGAACCUUAUCACAUGGUAAAACGUAUUACUUUAGUAAUAACCACGAGUAUCAUCCAAUACAUCUCAACAGUAUUAAUGACAUUUUCAUUUUAAUUGGCAAUUACGUUUCGUAUAAUUCAUACACACGGAAUAACAUCAUGGUAGGAUUGUUUAGCUAGUUUGAAACUUUUUUUUUUACUUUUAUUUUUUACUCUCCUCACCCUUCCUUUUUAUACACAAAAGUCAUCUGCCUUUACUGUAAUUAUUUUCUAAGUUUGCUACAACUUUGAAAAAGUCGUGUUAAGGUAGUUACUUUUAAGGUAAAUUGCAAUGUGUUAUCAGAACUUGCAAAUGAAAAAGAUACAACAUGUGACAUUGUCAAUACAGUUAUGACAGUUAUUGAAGAUCAGUUGGAGAAAAUGGAUUACAACAUAUGUAAGCAUUAUCUAUGUUCUCAUACAUCCUUUCCCUAUCACUAUUUUAACUCUAGCUUUGGGUUCUUUAUAGCCUUAUUCUAGCUCUAAUCAUAUUGCUACCCUAGCCCUACUCUUAGCCCGGUCUAAACCUACCUUUAACUCUUCCGUAGCCUUACUUUUAACGUUACAAUGUUUUUACUUUAGCCCCAGUUUUAGUCCUACUUUUGCCUUACUUCAGCUUUACCACAAUCCUACUCUCGCUCUGCCCGUGUUCUACCAUAGCAUUACUUUUGUCCUACCAUAGUUCUACUCUUUUCUUAUCGUUGUCUACUUUUAGCUUUGCCAUAGACCUACUUUUAGUUUUACUUUAAACAUACAUACUUUUAGCCCUACCGCUGCUCUGUUUUUAGUCCUGCCCUUGUCCAAAUUUUAGCUCUAUCGUUGCCCUGCUGUAGACCUUACUUUGUUUUAACUCUUGUCUUACUUUUAGGCCUUUGCUUCUUCUCUUAAAACCUUAUCUUUUUUAAUCUUGUUAUUUUUCUUACCUUACAUGUUAGGCUUACUUUGUAUUAGUUUUGACAUUUUUUUAAAUUUUGUUAUAUUUUAGCCAUAGUUCGUUUACCAAACACAGAAACAUCAAUAUGGUUUGGUAAUAUACUGACGCUGCCUUAUUACACCACCACAACUAGUAAACUUGAUAAUAUAGAAAUAUUAUGGCAAAAACAAAUAGAAAUUACAGCCGCCGUUUUAAAAUACUAUUUUGGUAACAAAGUGAAAGGUUUUGAUGAACAAACUAGAUAUUUGAAUCAAGGAGUUGCUAGGUAUAUGGCAGUCAAAAUGUUACAACAGACAAUGGACUCUAAAGAGGAGAUGGAGCUAUUAGUAAGGUUUAAAAUUUAUUAUAACAAUCUUCUCAGUCGCAUACAAUAAGGCUAGGGUAUAGUUAAGGCUAGAGUAGAACAUGUAAAAAGCCAGAAUAAAACUUGGCUAAAACUAGGAUAGGGCAUAGAUAAGGGUGGGGAGCUACGUUAGAGCUAAAGUAAGCCUUUUAAAUAAUCCGUAAAUUUCAGAACGACAUAAGUCAAGAAAACAUCAAAAACACUGUUUCAAAUAAGAUAAUGGCAUUAUUAUUUAUGUUAGAAGAAGUUUACAGCAAGGAAAUUCUUCUAAAAGCUAUAAUUACCUAUUACAAUGAUAACAAAGGAAAGACCAUUUACAGCGAAAAACUAGGCAUGGCUUUUGAAAACGUACGUUUAAAUUACAUACACCUAGAGUCGAAAGAGGGGACUACCUUUUAAAAAUGUCUUUUAUAUUCUGUAAUCCAUUAUCUUAAAGAUUAAUUUAACAUAGCCAAUUCUUUGAUGGUAUAUACAGCACUUUACAGGCCUUUAGCUACCAGUCAGUAUGCCGCGAUCGUUUGUCAAUCUCUGACGUCAUUUAUUCGUGGUUAACAAACUUGAAUGUAGACACAAAUGUCUAUAUCAACGAGAACUUUACUGUCUCACAAAGUUCAAAUAGCUACAGCGAUCAAAAAAACAUACCAUUGAUGUAUCUGAAAAAUGGUGGUAAAGACGUAUUUUACCUUAAGAAAUGUAAGUUAUCAUCACUGAAAGUUAGUAUAUUUUACCAUAGUCCUAUCCUUGAUCUACCAUAGCUCUAUCUUUAAUCUACGACAAAAGUUACCAUUGUUUUACUAUAGCCCCCGUCCCAUCCUACUCUUAACAUAGACAUAUUUGAAAAAAAAAUUUGGUUUUUUUAGACAACAAUAUGUGUACACCUACAACAACUCUAUUUUCAACUAAAAAUACAGAAAUUUUCAAUCCAUUUGACAACCUAUACAAUCUAACAUAUCACCCUUCAGUUAUUGAUUACUACAUAACAACUGGCUUUGGAAAAUGGUCAAACAAAAUGGCCACGGCAUUCUUAAAAUCUCUCAUGUAUCAACAUGAUCAAGAACUUUACUGUGGUCAUUUUAAAAACAAGAAAAACUACAGUAACUUUAAAGAAAAUGAUGUAUACAAAAGUUACAGUAACACUAGCAAACUAUUAGAAGAAGUAGCUACAGGAAUUAUAAACUCAAGACCAGCAGAAACGUCAGUAAUGCUGACGAAGACAUUACAAACGAUGUAUUACUCUCGGUCAAGUAGCAGUAAUAAGUUUAAAGUGAGUAAUGAGUAAUUAACAACAUGGUUAUUUAGAAUGUUUUUAGAAACUACAUCUACGGUCAAGUUCAAAUGUUAAGUGAGAAGGACAAAGAUUGGUCAGUGAGUCAUAAGUAAGUUUUGGAAUCUUGCACAGUUAAAUUCUUGUAUAACAAAUAGUUCAAUGAUUUAAAAUUGGUUUUUUAUAAACAAGCUUUGGUGUUUUUGUUACAGAGGAGUUCGUUAUAUAGAGGUCUCACAAUAUAAAGCAAAGAAUAGAGAAGAAUACACGGUAAGGUGUGUAAUAAGAUCAGGUUAUAAAACAUAGGUUAAACAAAGUUAAAUUUAAAGCAAGGUGAUAUCUUUAAAGUAAAAUAUUAUGUUUUAGAUACAUCAAAUCCUUGAUUAACAACGAAGCUAUCAAACAGAAAAUCAACGAAGUUAAAAAGAGGGUUUCAAUUAGUACUAAAAGUCUAAUAUCAGCGUUAAACAUCAAAAAUGAUACCCUAAUAUUUGACAACUUCAUGAAUACGCAAGUUUUUCCGUUUUUUACUAUUAAAUAUUAUUAAAAAUCUUGUUAACUUACAACUAUUUAGAACAAAAGCCAAUUUUCAACUGAAAGCGUAAAAUUAUGAAUUAUAUUUUGAAACAUGUUAUUUUAAAAAAGUAUAAAAAAGAUCAAAGCAUUCUUCCGGCUUGUUUUUAAGCUAUAGGCUUUGGCAAAAAAAACGAAGAUUUUUCUUCAAUCCGUCAAUUUUUAAAAAGCUUUUGUUAGUUGUAAAAGAUUCAAAAUAAUAAUUUUACUUUUAUACAUAUAACCCUUGCUGUAUAUACUUUUCAUUCGUAGUUCAGACGAAAACCUUGAAUUUUUGUACACGAAAAAUCUCUCAUAAUUUUGCGCGUUCUCUAGUUUUUCUCUAAUGCCGACGGCAAUCAGAUAUAAAGAGGGAACAUACAAAAUUAUGAGAGCUUUUUUCGUGGACAAGAGUUCAAGGUUUUCGUCUGAACUACGAAUGAAAAGUAUAUACAUCAAGGGUUAUAUUACGUUCAUUAUUUUUGUGGUUUUUUAAAACCCGGUUUAUUAAAUGUAUUUUCAGGUUAGAUCACGAUAACUUGAACUCACAAGUCUGUGUGUCUGUCAGCAACUUGAACUACCAAAACUACAAUUACUGGAAGAAGUUGCUACAGAUUCUUCAUCAAAAAUCACUAAAAGUUCUAUAUGAAUCUACGAUAAAGAGCAUUGAAAAUGGUCUUCAAUGCUUAUGGAUCUUUUAA